AUGUUCCGCAUCGGGAACCUCAGAUGCGCAAGAUCCACCUUCAAGGCUUCUGCGGGUGAUGCGCUAACCCAUUGGGCCACGGGAAUCUCCUUUUCAGGUUGUCUGGCCCUGAUGGACGAUCCAGCCCUGCUUCUUGUGAAGACAGCCGUCGCGACGUCUCUCGACCCUUUCGAUCCUCCCUCCCUCUCCCCUUCCCAAUAUGCCGAAGAAGUCGAGGUCAACAUGUGGCGCCGCACAUACCUAUUUCUUCUCGUCGUCCGGCUAUGGUUUGCUCUGUCCCCGAGCUAUCUACACCCCGACGAGAACUUCCAAGGCCCAGAAGUCAUUGCAGGCGAGAUUUUCAAGUAUCCCGUCCGACUUACAUGGGAAUUCACCAGCGAGAACCCGAUCCGAAGUGUAUUUCCGCUAUGGCCGAUAUAUGGGCUUCCCAUGCUCCUCCUCCGGUGGCUGUGGAUAGGAAACGGUAACGAUGGCGAAGUUCCUCCAAUAGCGGUGUUCUGGACUCUCCGCGCUCUCAUGUUCAUCCUCAGCUUCGUCCUCGAAGACUGGGCUAUACAUGAGCUUGUCCAGUCGCCACGGCAUCGCCGGGUCGCCGUUCUUCUUGUCGCCUCGUCCUAUGUGACGUGGACCUACCAGACGCAUACAUUCUCCAACGCAAUCGAGACGUUGGUCGUCGCUUGGAGCUUGGUUCUGAUAGAGCGGACUAUCGCAAUACCCGUAAACACUCUACAAACUCCUCUCCUGGCACCCGCUCUACUCGGGUCGAUGGUGGUUUUUGGUUUCUUCAACAGGAUAACUUUUCCGGCUUUCCUCCUCAUCCCUGGCCUCCGGUUGAUCCCUUACUUUUGGAGGAGGCCUCUUGCACUUGUAGCGACGGUAUUCUCAGCGCUUUUCACAGCAUUCAUUGCAAUUUCUCUGGACACGGCAUUCUACAGCAGACAUCAGAUCUCUUGGACCGAUUUGAUAUGGCACCCCAUCGUCACGCCUUAUAAUAAUCUCAUGUACAACAUCUCUCCAUCGAACCUGGCGCAGCACGGCAUACAUCCAUGGUAUCAACAUAUUCUUUUUAAUCUUCCCCAGCUGAUUGGCCCGGCGGCCAUUCUCCUAUUUACUCGACCGCACCUGUCGCUGCGCCUAUACUCUGCGAUCUCAGGCAUAUCCGUUCUUUCGAUAUUUCAGCACCAGGAGGCUCGAUUUCUCCUCCCUACGAUUCCGUUGAUACUCUCGUCAGUGAGACUCCCACACCAGCAGAAGGUUUUGCGGCUUUGGACUGUGACGUGGAUCAUAUUCAACCUUAUCUUCGGCAUCCUGAUGGGUAUAUACCAUCAAGGAAGUAUUGUCCCGGCACAGGUUUUCAUGAGCAAACAGUCCGACGCGACUAGAGCAAUAUGGUGGAAGACGUACAUGCCGCCGAUCUGGCUCUUGGAUGGCAAGGCCGAGACACUGGAGACUCGCGAUGUCAUGGGGAUGCCAGGAGUAGACCUUUACGCAGAGCUCAUGAAUAUCGCAACAUGCGACGUUCCGGCGGACCGACGGAAUCAAGAAUACAAGAAGGAGCCUAACGGAACUUACCUCAUCGCGCCGACGUCAGCUACUUGGUUGGACCCCUAUCUGGAGAACAAAGGACUGGAGGGGCUGAGGUUCCGGGAGUUCGGCAUGUACCUAUUCUUUCCCAUCGCCUUUAUGGGAUACUUUGGCGUCAACCUCGACUCACGCUUCGCCGUCCCCGACUUCUGGCCCAAGCCCGAAGAAGCGAACAAGGUGCCGACUGAACGCGAAGAGAUCAAGGCCGAGCUUGAGAGGUUAAGGGCCAGGAGACUCUACCUGCGGGACAAGAGAAUGGCAGAGGAGGCGAGAGAGCAGGCUGCGAACCCGCUGCAGGAGGUGGAGCAGAUACAGAAUCAGGAGCCUCAGGCGCAACCCCAACAGAAGAAAGGCUGGUUCUGGUAG